AUGUUGGUUCGAAUGAAUACUUUAAGUACUUCUCGAAGACAUGCUAUAACGUCAUCACGUUUAUUUAGUGCUCAAUUGUCCAAGAGUGCAAAGACAAAGAGGGCAACAAAAGUUCAAAGUUCUAAUCCACAAAUGGCCUUCCCGUGUUUAGAUAGGUUGGAGCAAAAAUCUAAAAUCCUUUCGAAUGCUUGUGUUUCUGAAGAUUUUGUCAAUUCUUUAGAAUCAGGUCCAGAACCUUCAUACUCUAAAGUCCGUACUGGGUUCCAUUUAUUCCAUUCAAAAGAUCCAAUAUUCUUUGAUAAUGGUGGCUUUUUACCCGAGUAUGAAAUUGCAUAUGAAACUUGGGGUAAACUAAAUGAAGCUAAGGAUAAUAUUAUAUUGAUUCACACUGGUCUCUCAGCUUCAUCACAUGCCAAGUCACAGCCCAGAAAUGGCAAAUCAGGUUGGUGGGAAGAGUUCAUUGGUUCUAAAAAAUUCAUCGAUACUGAUAAGUACUUUGUUAUAUGUACUAAUGUUUUGGGAGGCUGUUAUGGAUCAACCGGUCCAGCUUCUAAAGAUCCAGCUGAUAAUGAACAUUAUGCUACCAGAUUUCCUAUAAUUACCGUCAAUGAUAUGGUUAGAGCUCAAAGACAUUUAAUCCACAAGGUUUUCGGAGCUUCUAAAAUCCAUGCAUCUGUAGGGGCAUCUAUGGGAGGUAUGCAAUCCUUAGCUUAUGCCUUUGAAUUCCCCGACGAAGUGGAGAAAGUGGUAUCUAUUUCUGGUUGUGCCAGAUCACAUCCUUAUUCAAUUGCUUUAAGACAUUGUCAACGUCAAGUGUUGAUGAGUGACCCAAAUUGGAAUCGUGGGUUUUACUACAACUCAGUUCCUCCACAUGUAGGUAUGAAACUUGCUAGAGAAAUUGCCACAGUUACAUAUAGAUCAGGUCCCGAAUGGGAAUAUCGAUUCGGACGUGGUCGUGCUGAUCCUCUGAGACCACCAGCUUUAUGUCCUGAUUUCUUAGUGGAAACGUAUUUAGACCAUGCGGGGGAGAAGUUUUGUUUGGAAUAUGAUGCUAAUUCUCUCUUGUAUGUCCUGAAGGCAAUGGACUUAUUUGAUUUGGGAUUAACCAAUCGGUCGAGAGCUUUCAAGACCAGAACAGAGAACGAAAAGAAAUAUAUCAAUGGGAAUUUCUUUGAUGAUAUUGAUCAAUCAGUGCCUGCUCAUCCUUAUAAGGAAAAGGUUGAAAAGGCUACAAUUACACCCGAGGAAUCGUAUGAAGAUUUAAAGAUGGGAAUUAGCAGAAUUGCUCAUAAGGACAUUUUGGUUGUUGGAGUUGAAUCCGAUAUCUUAUUCCCCGUUUGGCAACAAAGAGAAAUAGCCAAUGUAUUAAAAGACAAUAGCAAAGGAGGUGAUAUCAGAUACUUUGAAUUAGGCACUGAUGUUAGUAAUUAUGGUCAUGAUACUUUCUUAUUGAGUUUAGAUCAUAUUGGACCUCCAGUGAAGGAAUUUUUAGAAGGUAUAAAGUAA